AUGGAUGAAGUCGACCUCUAUGAGGUCCUCGGCAUCGACAACGGCGCGACCAAAGUCGAGAUCAAAAAGGCAUACCACAAGGUGCGCAGGCCUCCUUUGGGUCGCUCACCUCCCCACACUGACUCCUUUGGCCAGGCUGCGCUUGCACACCACCCUGAUAAGGUCGCUGAAGAUGACCGUGAAGAGGCGGAAAUCCGCUUCAAGGCCGCCAAACAAGCCUACGAAAUUCUUUCCGAUGACGAGAAGCGCUCCAUGUACGAUACCCACGGCAUGUCUGCCUUUGACCCGUCCAGAGGCGGAAUGGGUGGCCAGCCCGACAUGGACGACAUUCUGGCGCAAAUGUUCGGCGGCGGCAUGGGAGGCUUCUCUGGAAUGCCAGGUAUGGGUGGCAUGCCCGGUGGCAGGAACGUUCCCCGAAAGGGACGGUCUGUAGAACAGGAGUACGAGGUCACCCUAGAAGAACUGUACAAGGGCAAGACGACCAAGUUUGCCAGCACCAAAAACAUCAUUUGCUCUCUGUGUAAAGGCAGCGGUGGAAAGCAAGGCGCCAAGAGCCAUGCAUGUGGUAUUUGCAACGGAAGGGGUGCUAAGCAAAUCCUCCGACAAGUUGGUCCCGGUCUCGUGACACAAGAGACGGUCCCCUGUGGCAACUGCGAAAGUUCUGGACAAAUCAUCCCCGAGAAGCAGCGCUGCAAAAAGUGCAAGGGCAAAAAGGUCGUCGAGACCAAGAACGUCCUUGAACUAUACAUUCCCCGCGGCGCUCGACAAGGCGAGCGCAUCGUCCUUGCGGGCGAAGCCGACCAAUUACCCGAUCAGGAACCUGGUGACAUCAUCUUCACCCUGACAGAGAAGCCUCAUGAGGUUUUCGAGCGAGCAGGCGCUGAUUUGCGUGCCGAACUCAAGGUCAGCCUUGUUGAAGCUCUCACUGGCUUCAGCCGCGUAGUACUUACACAUCUCGAUGGACGAGGUCUUCAACUGAAUAUCCAGCAACCGGAUGGCAACGUUUUGCGACCGGGUCAAAUUCUCAAGGUCCCAGGAGAAGGUAUGCCAAUCAAGAAAAGCGAUGCAAAAGGCGAUCUCUACCUUAUUGUUGAUGUCGAAUUCCCCGAGGACGGAUGGCUCAAGAAUGAUGCCGCAGUACAGAAGCUCCGCGACGCAUUGCCCAAAGUGGAACGGAUAGAAGAGAAGCCUGAGGAGAUUGAGGAGAUCGACGUUGAAUGGGAUGCAGAUAUGGAGGACUUCGGUGCUGGAAGUGGAGAUCCACGUGCGGGAGGAGGCGAGUGGGAGGACGACGAUGAAGACGGUGAUGGUGCGCCUCAGUGCGCUACCCAGUAA